UGGAUGGUCGUUCAACGCCAUACCAAGAAUGGUUCAGUCGUACUCAAGACACCGUGCUAAUACAUACAACAUUUACCGUGUAGUGUCUAGCUAAGAAAUUUCACCUUUCCAAUAUCUACAGCAGAAAAGACCAAAAACACAUGCUCUCAGAAUAGGCCUCCAUUAUUUUUGCUAGCAUAGAAUGUCAUUGUAAAAGCAAGUGUCAGAGUGUGUAGAAACCUUUAAUAAUGGAUCUCGGCCAGCGCAGUUUUUUGCUGGCGUGCUGCCUUCUAGCCCUCACUGUAGGGAAAACUUUAUGCUCUUACGGCCCUGUCUUCAUUAAUCCAGAUGCUCCUCAACCAGCAGCCAAUUUGGAAGCUACACAGCAAGGGAAUCUCGUUACACAGACUGUCUACGGGUUUUUGGAUUUCACUACUACAAUUGGUAACACCGUUAUGGUGUUUUCGCCACAAAGUGCAGCUAAAGUAGAUACUCCACAAGAGAAGAAGGAUGUUACAUCGAAUACAGUAAUAGAAACGAAACCACAGGAAAAUAAGGAAGUCAAUAUUGUUACUAUAGAACCUAGUAAACCUAUAGUGGAUAAUAAAAAACCAACUUCAUCAGAAAAAAGUAUAAUUUCUGUAGUACAAGUCCAUACCAGUCAACCAAGUGAAAUCGUCAGCAAAAUUGAAGUUGUCACCACACCAUCAUCAAAAGUGAACAUCGUGGAAGCCAAAUCGAGUCAAUUUAACAUUGUUAAGGCUCAAUCUAGCAUAGUCAACAUUGUAAAACCUGAAGUAGUAUCCAGUAAAGUCGAGGUAGUGGAGGAAACACCCAAAACAUCAACACCAAACAUCAUAACAAAAGUUGAAGUCGUUGAAGGUCCUGUAUCGACAAUCAACAUCCCAGUGAUAUCGAGCAAAGUUGAAGUUCAAAAAGCCUCCAAAGAAGUUGUACAAAGCAUUAUAGAGUUGAAAGUCGAUGAUGAGCCUGCUGUCGUAAUUGGAAACAAUAUUGGCGAGCCUGAGUACGAUUUUCUAUCCCGCCAACCAUCUGAGGUUGUGGAGGAGACCUACAAAGUCAUAAACCUAAAACCUAGCUCCAAAUUUCAUCUAAAACCUCGUGCUUCAGCAAAUAAAGGCGGCAAACGUCAAGAUACACCACAUCCAACAGGUUUGGUGACCAAACUUGGCGGUACAGUCAUAAAAGACGGCACUACUACAGUACACGAAACAAGCGUUAUUGGUACCUUUAUUUCCGGAAAAUAUGCUCAAGUAUUGCAAAGUACUUCCCACAUAUAUAACAAUCAAAAAGGUGGUAAAAUAAAUCCAAGCCCUACAUUGAGAAUAUUGAAAACUGCGGCUCCACAAUUGAAAGGUAAACCACACAGACAUCUAGAUCCAACUCCUGUUGCCUCAGUCAGUGAGGAAAAUUCACUACCAGUUGAACAAUUAUUUGGUGGUCAAAACACCAUUAAAAGUACUAGGAAACCUGUAGGUACUAGAAAGUUCAAGAACAGGGCAUCCAAAGAAGAAAAGGAUGAUGCUGUAGAAGUUACACCACAACCUAAAAAGCCCAAGAACAGAAGCAGGACCGCCAAACACAGCAAUACAUCACACAGAAGUACGAAAAACGGUCGGUCAGGUGGUAGGAAAAAGAAACCAAAUCGUACUACAACCCCUUCUUCUGUAAGCAGCGAAGAACCAACCACAUCGAGCUUUGGAAGUGGAAAACGUUUCCAAAGGAAGAACAAACAAAGAAUAAGCUCCGAGAAUGUCAGCAGUAACAGUAACAGUAAUUCUGGUGGCUUCAGUAGAAGAAGUUAUAAGCCUAAGGUGCAAGCUUCGACUGUGGAAGCUCACUCUGCAACCACAAGUUUGUAUAAGUUUAAACUUAAUAGAUCUCCUGGUAGAUGGCAGUACAAAACAUCCCCAAAACCUAGAGUCACCAUCAGGAAAACACAGGAGGACGAAGCACUGCCAAAGAAUGAAACAAUCAAUGGUUCAAGUAUUUCUCCUCCACCUCAAGACAUUCCUCCAUUGAGUAACGAUGUGGUGACCCCACAAGCUAGAUCAGACGAUGUAGAUGGACUAGAGGGUUCUGAAUCAAUAGCGUCCAUUGUAGAUGACAGCACUAUCGAAAAUAAAUUGGAUAAUCCCUUCCCCCUAGAAACUGUGAAAGUUGAGAUAUCAACACCACCCGAUUUUAAGGAUAUCUACUAUGAAAUUGCCACCAUUAAGUCGCCUUAUACUUUCCAGGUUGGAAGCGUUCGAAAUACUCGCUACAUCACGGUGACAUCCACAUUCGAGAAAAGCCUAGUAAACACGCCCGAGGCGACAAUUUCCCCAUCAGCCACGGAACCUUUGACAGAGAACAUUCUUGCAACGUCUAGUAAUUACGGCAAAGACAAUAAUUUCUUGGAUUCAAGCAUUGCAACCCUACCGCCGCUUUAUCUCGAGUCGGGUAUGGAAACGCCCCCACUGGAAACUCUAACGGAGACUUUCAGCACCACACAGACGAUGUUAAAGACGCACAUCCUUCCGGUGGUCAAGAACGGUAACGAGACUAUGAGUAGCACGUUGGUACAGACGUAUUUGGUGACGCGACUGGUGACUGCUACAAAAACAUUACCGCCGAUGGAGGCGUAUCAUUUUAUACCCAGCAGGGUUCUGAACGAGUUUAACAGUCAUCUGGAUGAAGCUGGGUCGGAGUUGCAUUUAGAGCUUGAAUUUGGUGAUCAGAAUGAGCAAGAUGAUGGUGAGGGACAUCAAAGAAGAAUAUCCCUACCUGAUUUGGAUUUAGCUAACAUUGGUUCAGAUUUUGAUUUAUCAGAUGUUGAUAAGUCAAAGCUUCUAGAAGGGCAUUUGAGGUUAAAGAAAGCUCACCCUAUAACUACUCCAAAACCUGCUGUACAGGAACCUAUAACGCCACAAGGUUUGAAUCCAGACCAAUUGCAACAACUAGCCUUACUUAGAUUGCUUAACCCUGCAGCUGCACAACAAGGUCAAGUAAUAACAACAUCCAAGCCUGUUAUUAAAGUAGAGACCCUAUACGAAUCACAUGUAAUCCCUGUCACACAAGGACAUAACACUAUACUAUCCACAAUCUCCAAAAUAAAAGGAACUAUAACGAAAACAGAUUACGAAUUCGGCACUAGUACUCUACCUCCGGCACUACCACAAAUCCCUCAAAUCCCUCAACUUCCUCAGAUUCCUCAAAACCCCUUUAACCCUCUCUUACCACAACAACAAUUCGCUGUAACUACUUCACCAAUAGUACAAACAACAAUUGUAACCCAAACUCAAAGCAAGAUCCUGAAGUUAACAUUUGGUGCUAAAACCGCUUAUACAACAGUUUAUUCCACUAAAGUGGUACCAACUGUUUUGACGACGUAUAUGACAGCUUCUGUAGCUGUUCAACCGACGGCUGCAGCUUUCCCAGGGUAUUUCCCCGCGCCAUAUCCACAGUUCCCCUUCGUAGGCUGAGUGUAAGAAGAGACUAUCCGCCUAAAUUUAGUGUAAAUAUCUGUUUGGAGUUUGAAAGCAAGACAAAUCAAAAAAUGUUGACUAAAGUUGAGAAAAAUGUUGUUCACAUGUCUAAAAACGCUUUUGAAUACUAAUUUUCCUACAAAAAAUUAUCUUUCAUUACCAACAUUGUCUGAUCUGUCAAUUUCUGUAUAAUAAAAAAACAAAGUUUACCAAUUACACUGGGAGACAAGAAAAAAUGUGUCGGAGGUUAAUUUAAAUUAUGUAAAAUUUGAAAAAUACAAUUUUAUCAACAACAGCAUUCGGUUUUUAAGAGUGGGGAAAUAAUUCGCUCUAACAUUAAUAUAUUCAGUCGCCCAGUCACUGGCCUUGGGUGAUAGUAGAAUCCGCUAUGAAUUUUUAUUAUUAAGUUAAUUUACUUUUACAAAUGAUUCAGGGCCGGUUUUAUUGAUCUCUGGUUAAGUUCCAGUUAGUCUAUCUGACAGUUAAAUUUCACAUCGAUCGUUGUAAGAGCAAUAGUAUCCAUGGAAAUUAUCUGCCAACUGAAACUUACAUUUGGAAAAAAACAUUAAUAAACAGGGUGCACCAAGUAUCCUAGUAUCCUGUGGGUAUUUUUUUAUUUGAUGAGCAACAAGGAAUGUUAAAAAGAGAAAAGUUGCGUAAUUACAAUCCUUUAAACAUAAAAUUUAAGAAUUAAAAAAAGGCCAGCGUUUCUCAAAAUAUUAAAAAAAACCUAAAAACCUUUCAACCUUUUUAGUUAGGUACAAUGGCGGACAUGGAAUUUCGAACGACUCUCAUUCCGUUGGUGCACCUUAGCAAAUGCAAAACUCAAAUGAUGCUUAAAUUGUGUGUGGUCGCUGCUGCAAAAUCCCCACUCUUCCAAGGCGUUCGUAUACUUUUGGUAUGAAAAUUCGUACCCAAUAAUUUAUAGUUUUCUAGUUAAUUUAUUAAUUUUUAGUAUUUUACAACCUCGAGAGUUUUUUUCAUGUUUUCCAGUAUUAUUUAUCAUUUAUGUACAUAAACAUCAUCAUUAUGCCUAUAAGCAUCAUUUAGCUUCUAAGAUACUAGAAUAUUUGAACUGAUUUAUAAAAAAUAUUAUGUAAAUAAAUAGCCCUAAAGCAUUUUUAUGUAUAUACAUACCUAAGUAUUUAAAUAUUGCUUGUGUAAGAUACUCGAAUAAAUUAAUUUAGUUUAGUAAA